AUAAUGAAAUAAAAACGAUUGUUUAGGGAAUGAUUCGUGCUGUUUUGUAAAUUGGCGGUCAUGACGCCAUUGCACACCCAAUAUUUCGAAGGUUAAAAACAAAAAAAUGUCAAUUAAUCGCAUCCUUUGUAUUAAUUGUAAAAAAGAAAAGAGAUUGUCUUGAAACGUAGACCCGUAGAAGAAAAGGAGAGAUAAAUUCGUGAACGCCUUUUUUCGAUUAUCAGCUUGAUCCGUGUUUCGUUGAUAAGAGUAGCUUAACGUCGGGUUUGCCGAGUCGCCAGCAGGCCUGUCUUACGUGUGCCUUUCCCUGUCGACUUUCGUGUUUCGUACCGUUGUGAAAGUCAAACGACGUUCUUUGCUCAAAUGAGGCCGACCGUGUCUCGAGGGCGAUACGCUGCUUGUUCGACGUAGAUAUACACAGAAUACAGACAGCCGACAGCGAGAUGUUCAAAAGGAGGGUGGACGAUCUCGUCCAAAAUGUCACCCUGUACAAGCUCCGGCCCAUUAUAUUCCACGGGACCAUGUUUCCCUUCAUCAUUCCCUACCUGGCCUGGUUCUACUGCUGGCUCUUCGUUUACGGGCUUGAGGAGUUUUCAGAAGCCGGUUUCGUCGGGACGGCGGUCAUCGCUGUUCUGCAGGUACUCUGCUGCCUAUGCUGCUACUGGUCUGUCCACGUGCAGACUUUCCUCAACUGCAAAAAGACCAACAAACCUGAAGAUGCUGAGUUGGUGAAGGUUGUCCCUACCGAAAAUAAUGGUUCAUCCGAAUUAGUAGCUUUACAACAUCCUGAGGCUAUAGGUGAUACAUCUGAAUGGUUUAUAUUUCAAAAGACAAAAUAUAUAUGGAGUGCGGACAAAAAGGAAUUCCAUGGUCUUGAAUUCCCUAUAAAUUUACAGUAUGGUGAUUAUAUGCAGUGGAAAGGGUAUCAGGAUGAAAUUGAGCUUUUGAAAGCUGAAACAAAAUAUGGCAAGAAUAGGUUGGAUAUGGCCGUACCAGAAUUCAUGGAGUUGUUCAAAGAAAGAGCAACUGCACCAUUUUUCAUUUUUCAAGUUUUCUGUGUCUUCCUUUGGUGUUUGGACAAAUAUUGGUAUUACUCGAUAUUCACGCUUGUCAUGCUGAUUCUUUUCGAGUGCACUCUUGUACAGCAGCAGUUAAGGAAUAUGGCCGAGAUAAGAAAAAUGGGAAACAAACCAUAUUCAAUUCAGGUUUACAGAAACAAACGAUGGAGAUCGAUUAUGUCUGAUCAACUCAUUCCAGGGGACAUCGUCUCCAUAACAAGAUCUCAGAGUGAUAAUUUAGUGCCGUGUGAUAUGUUGUUACUUAGAGGGCCUUGUAUAGUCGAUGAAAGCAUGCUCACAGGGGAAUCCGUACCACAGAUGAAAGAGCCGAUAGAAAAUUUAGAUUCUAAAAUUCAGCUAGACAUAGAUGGCGGUGGAAAAUUGCAUGUGUUGUAUGGUGGUACCAAAGUUGUACAGCAUACUCCACCUAGUAAAACCUCAUCAGGAUUAAGAGCUCAGGAUAAUGGAUGUGUUGCUUAUGUUCUAAGGACUGGAUUUAAUACAUCACAAGGAAAACUCCUCCGCACAAUUCUUUAUGGAGUAAAACGCGUUACAGCGAACAAUCUUGAAACUUUCGGUUUUAUUCUAUUUUUACUUGUUUUUGCUGUUGCUGCUGCAGUUUAUGUUUGGGUCAAAGGCUCUGCAGAUCCUACAAGAAAUAAAUACAAGUUGUUCUUGGAGUGCACGCUCAUCCUUACAUCAGUCAUUCCGCCGGAAUUGCCUAUUGAACUUUCUCUAGCAGUAAACACGUCCCUUGUUUCGUUGUUCAAGCUCGCUGUGUUCUGCACGGAGCCAUUUAGGAUACCGUUUGCGGGCAAAGUGGAAAUAUGCUGUUUUGACAAGACGGGGACGUUAACAAGUGAUGAUUUGGUUGUGGAAGGCAUAGCUGGAAUAGGAGAUAAGCCUGAAGAAGUAACAAAUUUGGCUGAUGUGCCGCAAGAGAGCAUUCAGGUGUUAGCGACAUGCCACGCCCUAGCCCAACUUGAGGAUGGCAUAGUUGGCGAUCCAUUGGAAAAGGCCACAUUAUCUGCUAUUGACUGGAAUCUAACUAAAGGUGAUGCUGUAAUCCCAAAGCGAGGAAAAGCCCCUGGGAUGAAGAUAUUUGCAAGGCACCACUUUUCAUCCUCCCUGAAGAGGAUGUCAGUCAUCGCUGGCUACACUGUUCCAGGCACUACCGAUACAACUUACAUUGCCACGAUUAAAGGAGCACCCGAGACACUCAAGGGCAUGUUUGAUGAAGUACCUGAAACAUACGAUAAAGUCUACCUUGACCUAUCACGUCGUGGAGCCAGGGUUUUGGCUCUGGGAUGGCGGAUGUUAGGCCAUUUGUCGCACCAAGAGCUUAGAGAAAUGACUAGAGAGCAGGCUGAAUCAAAAAUGAAAUUCGCCGGGUUUAUAAUAAUUUCUUGCCCUUUGAAGCCCGACUCAAAAGCUGUGAUCAAAGAGAUUGUCAAUGCAUCUCAUUUUGUAAUGAUGAUUACUGGUGAUAACCCACUUACUGCUUGCCAUGUAGCAAAGGAAUUAAAAUUUAUAAGGAAGCCGAGAGGUGUUCUCAUUCUGACUGAAGUAAAAAAUGAUUGGGUUUGGGAAGAUAUAGAAAAAACCGUCCAAUACCCUGUUGAUCUACAGCAGGGAAUGCUUGUUGAAAAAUAUGACAUAUGUAUUACUGGAGAGGCCUUGAGUUAUUUAAUGAAUAAGCACAGCACACUGCUUAGACAAAUUUUGCCGCACGUAUCUGUAUUCGCAAGGGUUGCUCCAAAACAAAAAGAAUUUGUUGUUGUCACAUUAAAAUCUCUGGGAUACACGACGCUAAUGUGCGGAGAUGGAACAAACGACGUAGGUGCCCUUAAACAUGCACAUUGUGGAGUGGCAAUUCUUACAAAUGCCCCAGAAGCAAAAUUAGACAUGAAACAAAUAGUAAAGGAAAAAGAAAAAGUGAAAAUGUUAACAGAACGAUUAACAAACAAUCCAAGAGGAAACAACGAUCAAAGAGCUAACACUAUUAAUUCAACUAAUGAGAAAAUCCAGAAAUUAUUGAAAGAAAUUGAAGAAAGUGAGCAAGCUCAAAUUGUAAAAUUAGGUGAUGCCAGCAUUGCAGCACCUUUCACAAGCAAGAGAUCUUCAAUACAGUGCAUCUGCCAUGUGAUUAAGCAAGGACGAUGUACGUUGGUCACGACCUUACAAAUGUUCAAAAUUUUAGCGCUAAAUGCGUUGAUUCUCGCUUAUGCCCAAUCAGUUCUUUAUCUUGAUGGCAUACGUUUUAGCGAUAUGCAAGCCACUAUACAAGGCUUACUGUUGGCAUCGUGCUUUUUGUUCCUUUCCAGAUCUAAGCCUUUAAAAGUCCUUUCGAAGCAAAGGCCUUUACCAAACAUAUUCAACGCAUACACAGUGCUUACAGUGAUGCUUCAGUUCACCGUUCACUUUCUGUGCCUGAUAUAUUUAGUACAAGAAGCAAAUUUAAGAUCUCCUAUGAAGUCAAAGAAGCCAGUUAGUAUGGAUGACGAUUCCGAAUUUGAACCAAGUUUAUUAAACAGUACAGUUUAUAUAAUCUCAAUGUCUCUUCAAGUAUCAACAUUUGCGAUAAACUACAGGGGUCAUCCUUUUAUGGAAAGCAUAUUUGAAAACAAGUCACUUUUGUACAUAAUAACCUGUGCGACUGGUGGCAUUUUUGCCUUAGCACUUGGUGUGGUUCCAUAUGUCGCAUAUCAGUUUGAAAUAAUUGAUUUCGACCAAGAAUUCCGAAUGAUCCUCGUUGGAGUUUUAUGUGCAGACUUCCUGUUUUCAUACAUUGUUGACAGAAUAUGUCUUUUUAUUUUUGGAGAAGGACAGUUAAAAAUUAAGAAGUGAACUCCACAGCGGCAGGAUAUGUUACCAUCCUUUACUUAACGUAGACUGAAUUUUCAAUAAGGUUUUCCAUUGGAACAAUUUUUUUCUCCAGUGUCUGUUGAGCAAUCAGAAAUAUAUUUGUUUUAUUUUCA